GUCCGGUAUAUGCUACGUAGAGCUUCUUCUUCUUGUUCUUCUUCUUCUUCUUCUUCUCCUUCUUCCCCACCGGCUACACUCUGCCGACCAUAUCGCAUCCAAGUGCGAAGGCGACAUGGAGCGGCCGGUAUGGUCACGAUGGUGUGAACUGUGAAGAUGAGGUGAGGGAAAAGACCUAGUUCGGCCGACAGCAAGAGAUGCGUGCGAUUGGGCAUCUCUUUCUGACGGCCAGACUUCUCCCCUGAUGUAUCUCUACAUUCUCUACUUAGUGCCCCCUCCUCGUCCGCACUUUCGUGGCCGCGGCCAACCGCGCCCAUCAUAUGUCUACCUGGACUUCACCUCGAUCGCAAGCGCAACUCUGCUCAUUCACCUAAUCGCACGCCGCGGCCACGGGGGGCCCCCCAUCUUUUGAAUAUUAUACCAGGGCCGAGAAUCGAGAGGGGUACCCUUCACGGUGCAAUGCAAAGUGAGAAGCCGAUACCGAGAGAGCACAUGACGGUGAAGGUGAAAAGUUAUACCUUGUGGUUUUAUUCACACAGCGACUAGCCAGAAAUGGGGGCUGCCCUUAGCCUCAAAGAUGGGGGCUGCCCGGCGCCUAUCGCACCUCAAACCAUGCCAUCUUUCCAUACUGGCAUCAUCCUUCCCCGCGUCGCGAUAGCCGCGAGCACCUGUACCCGAGACAUCCAAGCGGCAGAGUUGCCGGACUUUUUCUUAUAGGGAAGUGUCUUGGGUCUUGCACGAAUGAGUGCAGCAGAGUUUGAACUCUUGACCCUAGCCAGGCCAACAGCUACUACUUCUGUAGCCUUGUCGCUGCCAUCAUCUCGCAACGACUACUGCUUCGAAUCAGGUUCGAAAUUAGCACUCCCGCCUCGCGAAGCAAUGACCUUUACGAGCCUGUCUUCUGUCUUCUGCACAUCACAACGACGUGCAAUACGGAAAUUUGCUGCCCAUUCGUGUGUAGCAUGGCCCCACUCCUCUAUACAGCCGCUCCACAUCGCCCUCGUUUCCACGGAGCCAGCGUAACGUUCUACUGAGGGAUAUUGUGCUAGUCCUUGCUGGCAGUGGACUUGCCGGGUAUCAGCCACAAGCGGAGUACUUCUAGAAUACCGAGCAGAAGUCAAAAACAACCAGUGGACACUGGAAGUGCAACUUUACCCCCAUUCUACCAACGAAGUCAUGGUCGGGGAUAGGCGAGACCAUGCGCAUAAUACUCCAUGCCUGCUUUCGAUAUCCCGACCCAUGUUUUGAGAACAGUAUCACACAGUCUUGGCAGGGUUUCUAGACACAUGCUCGGACAGGGCCCCGAACUGGAAUGGUACAGUAUACGACGUUGGCGCAACUUCCUGUCUGCUAGCGUCCAUGAUCUUUGCUCACACUACACCGUCAGAUCGGACAUCAUGGCCGGUCCACCAGACAGGAUCAGGGCGGAAUGGGGGCAAAUAUCCUACCAGCUCAUGAAAACGAUGGGUCGUCUGGUGAAUGCUCUCAACACCCGAACCUUUACACUGGACAACCCGCUCGUACGCGAAGCCUACGACCCGAACUUUUGCGUGACCAGCAGUCCAUAUUUCUGGUCACAGAGCGUCCAGACGCUGGAGGACUAUAUCAAUGGAAUUCAAGAAAUGAAUAAGACCAAUCCGAAUUGGUCGGCACAAAACACCGCGUUCAAGGAUGUCAUUUACAUCGAUGACACGCAUGCGAAUGCCAUCAGUAGCAUCGAAGUCCACAACAUUCCCGACGGUAUCAUCAGACAAGUGAUGACGCUGUUCAAGUUCCAUCUCAAGGACGGCAAAUGGAGAAUCUAUACGACAGAGGCGCUGGCGGGGUUCGAGCCAAACGAGGGCUCUGGAAUUGCGCGUGGACCAACAGGCUGAGAAAGAAUCCCGGGAUCGACCCAUCACCAAGGCUCUCGCGCCGCAUCUAUGUUCUGCGUAGCCACAUGGUUCAACUGGGUGAUGGGAAAGAGACGGCAAGAGAAAGAGCAGGACCACUCGAGACGACGUCGGCGCAAAGCUGAUCAAGAAGGCUAUUGAGAAGUAGCAUAUCUGAGACAACUCCACUAUCAUCUGAAGACUAUAUAGAAACCGAACCAAACAUGAUCCGCCCG